UGUGUACAAACGACCCCCCUCUCUUUUUUUCUGGAUUUUUUUUCGCUUUUUGAAGGCACGCAAAGGCACGUUUAGAGAAUGGAGGAAGGAGACACGUGAAGUUUUGUUGAUUUCGGUUGAUGCUCAUGAUUUUGGGGGGAUUGUGAGGUUUUUGAGGGUUGAUGAUGUCGGGGCCGCCGGUCAAGAGGCAGAAGCUGCUGUAUGAUUCUGAAGAGGAGGCCAGGUUAGAGAGGGUUGUCUUUGGAGAUGGGCAGGAUGUCAUUGAGAAGCUGCUGGGGGAGGAUGAGCAGCGGUGGGAUGUUGGUGAGGUCGGCGAUGAGGAGUCUGAGGGAGAAAAGUUGGGGGAGCUGUCUGGGGAGGAAUCGGAGAGGUCUGGAGGGGAAUCAGGGACAUCUGGAGAUGAAUCUGAUGGAGAUGUUGCAGAGGGUUCUGGGGCUGAAUCUGAUGGCGGAGCGGAGGAGAGUGGGGCUGCCUGGGUGGAUCCUGAUGACAAGACUUACACAUUGAACGACGUUACGAAUCCCCGAUUGCACGUGAAGCACCGCCCUGAGACGCAUCUGAAAGAAUAUCUUCAGAAUAAAUUCACGAAACUAGUUGGCACUCCAAAAUGGGCGGAGAUAAAGACCCACGAGGAGGAGGACUCGGACUCCGAACACGAAAUACUGAAACACAGUAAUCAUUUGGCUCCGGUGAAGACGAAGAAGUUGGCGAAGGGGCUGAUUGAGAUCAAAGCACUGAGGAAUAUCAACAACGAGACGCAGAAUGAGGGCCCCUUCGUCACAAACUUGAGGUUUCAUCCGACGUCGACUGUCGCCUUCGCCACUGGCCUGUCUGGGGUUGUCUCCUUAUUCCAAAUUGAUGGGAAGGAGAACAAGAAGCUGCAGAGCAUCAAGUUCGAUAAAUUCCCGGUGAAUUGCGCCAGGUUUUUGAAGGAUGGAACUGAGAUUAUCCUGGGUACUAGGUACAGGAACUACUGCCAGAUUUACGAUCUGAUGAGUGGGAAGACGUACAAGGCACAGCUGCCACAUAAUGUGACUAAUGCCAAGAAUUUUGAAGUCUCUCCAGACGGAAAACUAAUUGCAGUAGCCGGAAGAACCGGAGAGAUUCACCUGCUCAAUGGUCUCACCAAGGAAUCAAUAACAACAGUGAGAAUGAACAAGAAAUGUUGCACGAUGGCCUUCACCCCAGACAGUAAAAACCUCAUAACCCACGGUGAGAGUGAAGAAAUCUACAUCUGGGACGUGAACACCAGGAGAUGCACCCAUCGAGCAGUGGACGACGGUUGUCUCGCCUCAGGUGCAGUUGCAGUUUCCCCCAGUGGGCAGUUCCUGGCGACUGGCAGUAAACAGGGGGUCGUCAACAUCUACGACACGAAGACAGUCAUGGGGAGCAGGUUCCCACAGCCCCUGAAGAUCGUCCUGAACCUGGUGACCCCCAUUACAUCCCUGAAGUUCAAUCCAACGUCUGAAAUCCUGGCUAUGGCCUCUCAGUUCAAGGAGAAUGCCUUCAGGAUGAUCCAUCUACCUUCGUUGCACGUCUUCUCGAAUUUUCCUACCUUUCAGACGGUUAUGCAUAAUCCUCUGGACAUUGAUUUCUCACCUAACAGUGGAUAUCUGGGCAUUUCGAAUAAUAAGAAUAAUGCUUAUUUGUACAGACUCAAACAUUUUGGGAAUUAUUGAAGGGAACGAAAUAUUGUUAUUCAAUUUUUUAUGGUGAGUCGAUUAACUCUGUUGUAAUAAAUAUUUUUCACUAUUA